ACAAAGACCGACACAACACAAACACACACUUUUACACUAAUAAUUUGCUGCUGGUGCUCUGUUCUUUAUUCUAUUCUUAUUAUCGAUCCUGAUGUCUAGUCACUUUGCCCUGCCUUCGUGUACACAUCUACCUCAGAUACCUCGUGCCUCUUCAUGUUGAUCUGAAGAUCGGCUACUUGCACGGCGAGCUGACACUUCCUCCAGCUUUGGCAACAUCCGGAUUCCAGUCGAGAUGGUCAUGGCGGAGGGUGCAGCUGUUAUGAGGAGGAAUCGACCAGGGACUAAAGAAAAGGACUUCUACAACUGGCCCGAUGAGUCGUUCGAGGAGAUGGACAGCACACUGGCUGUGCAGCAGUACAUCCAACAGAACAUCCGUACAGACUGCUCCAACAUGGACAAGAUCCUGGAGCCCCCAGAGGGUCAGGAUGAGGGGGUCUGGAAGUACGAACACCUCAGGCAGUUCUGUUUGGAGCUGAACGGACUUGCUGUGAAACUACAGGGAGAAUGCCACCCAGACACAUGCACCCAGAUGACAGCAACAGAGCAGUGGAUCUUCCUCUGUGCUGCACACAAGACUCCCAAAGAGUGUCCAGCCAUCGACUACACCAGACACACUCUGGACGGAGCCGCCUGCCUCCUCAACAGUAACAAGUACUUCCCUAGCAGAGUGAGCAUUAAAGAGUCCUCAGUAGGGAAACUGGGUUCAGUUUGCCGGCGGAUCUACAGGAUAUUCUCCCACGCUUACUUCCACCAUCGUCAGAUCUUUGACAAGUAUGAGAACGAGACGUUCCUGUGCCAUCGGUUCACGCGCUUCGUGAUGAAGUACAACCUGAUGUCCAAGGACAACCUGAUCGUACCCAUCAUGGAGGAUGAGACUAACCCUAACGAAGCAGAGGGCGAGAGCGACGCCUGAGGACUGGGAUCUGAAGAGGAUCUGCUACACCCUGCCAAACUAUUUCAAACACAUGGCUGUCUCACACACCCACCCACAACCACACAAUACACUAAAGUACACUAAAAUCACCAGUUUUUAAGUAGAAUAUUUUCAAUAUUGUAUGAACAUCCUAAUUUAGCUUGUAUGUUUCAGAGAACAAGACAAUGUUGUGGUUAAAUGACUAACCAAUAUACACUGUGGCCAGUUAAUUAGGUACACCCAUCUAGUACCGGGUCAAACCCCGCUUUGCCACCAAAACAGCCUGUUGGAAACGUUCCACAUGGAUGUGGGUCCAUGCAGACGGGAUGGCAUCACGCCGUAGCUACAGAUUGGAUGGCGGGAACAUUGAUGCUGCAAACAGUCCGGUCUACCUCAUCCCAAAGAUGCUCUCUCUAUUGGGUUUGGUCAGCAACAAUGUUCAGAUACGCUGUGACGUUCGAUCGUUGCUAAAUUGGUAUCAAGGGACCUAACGUGUGCCAGGAAAAUGUUCCCCACACCAGUACACCACCGCCACCAGCCUGUACCGUUGACACCAGGUAGGAUGGGUAAACACACUCAUGCUGCUUACGCCAAAACCUGACUGUCAUCAGCAUGAACCUGGAAACGGGAUUCAUCAGACCAGGCAAGGUUUUUCCACUCCUCAAUUGUCCAGUUUUGGUAAUUGCGUUCCCACUAGUGCUUCUUCUUAGUUUUAGCUGAUAGGACUGGAACCCCGUGUGGUCGUCUGCUACAAUAGCCCAUCCGUGACAAGGAUCGACGAGUUGUGCGUUCCGAAAUGCCGUUCUGCACACCACUGUUGUACUGUGCCGUUAGUGGCCAGCCUGUUAGUGGCCAGCCUGUUAGUGGCCAGCCUGUUAGCCUGCCAUUCUCCUUGGACCUCUCAUCAACGAGCUGUUUUCACCCACAGAACUGCCGCUGACUGGAUGGUUUUUGUUUGUCGCACCAUUCACAGUAAACUCUAGACACUCGUGCGUGAAAAUCCCAGGAGGCCGGCUCUUUCAGAGAUAUUGGAUCCGGUGCGCCUAGCAGACGAUCACCACGCUCAGUCACUUAGGCCGCUAGUUUGACACAUUCUAGCAUUCAAUCAAACAGUUACUGAAUGGCUCGAUGCCUGUCUGCCUGCUUUAUAGAGCAAGCCACAGCCACGUGACUCACUGUAGGAGCAAAUCAUUUUGGUGAACAGGGUGGUGUACCUGAUAAACUGUGACACCCUUUGCUAGUUACUUUAUCAUGUGCUUUGUUUGGUCCUUGGGCAGCGUUUACACAGGCAACCAAAUUCUUAUGGGCAAAAUAAUUGCUCUGGUUGGUCAAAAGACUAAUUGGUGGCAAAAGAUCAUAAUUGGGCUGUCUGAGUAAAUGCAGCCUUUGUUGUGUUCUAGGUGUCAGGAACUCUGGUCUAAUGUAGCGCUAUAAGUUAAUAUAACAGGUAUUUAAUAAACAGGCUACAUUAUACAGGUUGAUAUAACAGGUAUUUAAUAGUCCUGAUAUUUCUGACUGUACUGUAUAUAAAACCACGUCAGUCUUCCAUCCUAGAUUAAGGAAGUGUAAGGACAUGAUUAAUUGCAGACUAUAACAAAAAUGUUUUUUAGGGUUUUAUUCCACUAAUGGCUGAAUUUAGGAUUAGGGGAGGGGAAGCUGAUCCUAGAUCAGCUGGGGUUAAGAUUAGGGGAGGGGAAGCUGAUCCUAGAUCGGCUGAGGUUAAGAUUAGGGGAGUGAAAGCUGAUCCUAGAUCGGCUGAGGUUAAGAUUAGGGGAGGGCAAGCUGAUCCUAGAUCGGCUGAGGUUAAGAUUAGGGGAGGGCAAGCUGAUCCUAGAUCGGCUGAGGUUAAGAUUAGGGGAGGGCAAGCUGAUCCUAGAUCGGCUGAGGUUAAGAUUAGGGGAGGGCAAGCUGAUCCUAGAUCGGCUGAGGUUAAGAUUAGGGGAGGGCAAGCUGAUCCUAGAUCGGCUGAGGUUAAGAUUAGGGGCUGGGAAGCUGAUCUGUACCAAGGGGAAGCUUCAACCCAGAGCCAAAAAAAGGCAACAUUGCCGCAGGAUAGCCUGUUUACUGGGCCAGAGUUCCUACAGCUUUGACAUGGCACAAGGACUGCUUUCCUAAUAACUGUUUUUUAUAGAAGGGGAUGGGGGUGUUUUACGUUCAUGUCAUUUAGGGCAACAAUCACUCACUGUAUUUAUUUAAAAUAAAGGAAUUUGAUGUUUUCA